UUACAAACGGAAAUGGUGAACAGCGCCAUCAAACAGUUGAAGGAACGUAGCGGUUCUUCGCUUCAGGCGAUCAAGAAAUACAUCGCGGCUCAAUACAAAGUCGAUUCGGAAAAAUUGGCUCCCUUCAUCAGAAAGUAUCUGAAGAGCGCCGUAGAAUCGGGCGAGCUCAUACAGACCAAGGGCAAGGGCGCAUCGGGUUCGUUCAAGCUGGAAUCGAAAUCGUCGGCUUCGAAGAAACCCGCGGGCUCCGGAGCGGGAAGCGGGUCCGGCGGGGGCGGCGGAGGCGGCGGCAGGGCCGCGUCCUCGGCGGCUUCGGGUAAAUCGAAGAAGGCCACGUCCGCUCCGGUCGGUGGCGGCAAGGGCGGCGGCGCCGCGGGCAUGAAAGCGGCCGCCGGCGGUGCUUCGUCCGCGGCUAAAAAGAAACCGGCCGCCGCCGCCGCCAAGAAGGCCGUCGCCGCCGCCAAGAAGGCCGCCGCGGCCGCCGCUCCUUCGAAGGCGAAGGGUGCCGCGUCGAAGGCGAAGAAGAGUGCGAAGCCGCCGACCAAGAAACCUAAAGCACCGAAACCGAAGAAGGCAGCCGCCGCUGCACCGAAGUCGAAACCGGCGGCUAAGAAAGCGGCCGCCGCUAAAAAGUAAGUCCCCGCCAGCAGCCGCCGCGGUGAUAAUGACGACGACAUCGUUCAAAAGUGU